UACGUUGUAACAUAGUAGAAUAUUUAUAUAAAAGUAUUUAACGACAUAAAGUACUGUAAGUUUAUUGACCUGUGAAAAAUCACCCUUCAAGGUAGAACGUCAUAGUGUAAACAUAUAGGAUAAUUGGAGUGAAGUUUAAACCCAGGUAAAGAUUAAUUUAUAAAAUGGUGACGGAAAGGAGUCUUUAAUAACAAUAUGUACACAAAGCUUGGAUAUGCGUUAUUAGCAGUCUCUUUUCUGUUAUGGAAAUUGGAUAUAGGUAUUCUGUGGUCUGGUUUGUGCUUUAUUGGUGCUUGCAUUUUAUUGCUACCUGAAAAGGGAAGAUAUGUUUCACCCGCUAACAAGAUAGUUAUUAUUACAGGUUGUGAUAGUGGAUUUGGAAAUAAACUUGCCAGACGUCUAGAUGCCAAAGGUUUCAUUGUAUUUGCUGGAUGUCUGGCCCCAGACAGAGAAGGGGCCCGUGAGCUGAAAGAGUCCUGCUCUGACAGAUUAAACAUCGUACCUCUAGAUGUGACAGAUGAUUGGAAAGUUAGAGGAAUGAUAGCAGCCGUUAAACAGAAGAUGAACGGCAAUGUUUUAUGGGCAGUAGUAAAUAACGCUGGCAUUGCAGUUUUUCAAGAAAUAGAAUGGUGUGCUGUAGAACAGUUUCAACAACUACUUGAUGUUAACGUGUUAGGCGUGGUCAGAGUAACUAAAGCAACUUUACCUUUACUGAGACAGGGAGGAGGGCGAGUAAUUAACGUUGCUAGUUUAGCAGGCCGAUUCACUGUUCCGGCGUUUGCUGCAUAUUCAAUGUCUAAAAAGGCUUGUAUCGCAUUCUCUGAUGGACUGAGGCAAGAAAUGGCAAAGUUUGGAGUGCGUGUCAUUACUGUAGAACCCGGAUUAUACAAAACUCCAAUAGCAUCCGAGGAAUAUCUCAUCACUCAAAAUAGGAAAUCCUGGGCAGAAACUCCAUCCGAAAUAAAAGAUGUCUAUGGGGAAGCAUAUUUUGAAUCGUUUUUAGAUACAAUAUCAAAACAGAUGAAGCGUGCUAGAAGUAACGUUGAGGAGGUGAUCGAUCAGAUGGUAGAAGCCGUGACUAGAGAGGAUCCGAAGUGUAGAUACGUUCCUCACUGGCUUACAUACAUUCGAGCGACGAUACUGAUGUAUUUACCACAGAGUGUCACUGAUGCUUUCUUUAGAAAGACAUACAAAGUUAUUGGACCAGUUCACGGAAAGAAACAAUGAUUUGAAACAUUUGUUCGCUAAUGUAUAUUCAGUAUUGGUAAAGUUAACGUAUGUAGUUGAGAUACGGAAUAGAAAUGCUUAAAGUGGCAUCUUCUACGGAUUCGGAAUUUGUCAUGCUUUCUCACGCUGUGGUGAAUUCUUUAAGAUGACUGAUAAUGUUAGUAGUGUAUAGUCUUACCUUUAUUUAGGUUACAGUAUACAUGUGAUGGUUCAGUAAAAAUGACUCUGAAUUGCCAAUGAUGUUUCACUUUUGUUGUUAUUUUGUAAAUUUUUAUUAAUAAUUUAUCUUUUAUCUUUUCAUAGUAUAUUUACCAAGGUCUUUAUUGUGAUUUAAGGCUUGAAAACGUUAAGCCAUCUUUCAAAAUGUUUCGUUCUUGUUUCGGGACAAGACAGUCUGACUAUUGAAAAUGAUUAUCUUUGUCCUUUCAUGGUCUUUUAUUAUGUCUGUUAAACAUUUGGCUUAUAUGUUUUUCUGAUAAAUGUCCGUCUAUGACCAAUUUAUUUAUAGUUUACUUGUCUGGUCUCAGGGAGAUUUUAGACUUGUCACAUGAUGUUGGCGAUUGACCAUUGUUGACGAGAUCGUAUGUUGAUCUAUGUUUUUUGACUACAUUUUUUUUUCUUUAAUGUGUCCUGUUUUUUUCACUUUUAUAAACAUUUGUUAAUGUCCAUUACACAACGUUUUGCAUAAUUCGGUGUUCACUGACAAGUUUAAAAAAAGAAACUAUGUUCAAACUUCAUAGUUGGCUGUUCGGCGUUCCGUGUUGAAGGCCUUACUUUGACCUAUUAUAAUGGUCUUCUUUUAAUAAAUUGUGACUUGAAUGGAGAGUUUCCUCAUUGACCAUCAUACCACAUCUUCUUAUACCAAUUUAGAUGCAGCACUUACAAAUACAUUUGAUCACAUUCUUUGUCAUUCUGAAAAGUCUUGACUAAAGUUAAAAAAGACGGUGCAUUGUGAACAAACAAGUUUGUAUUUAAAAACAAUGUCUUUAUUUCUCUAUCACAUCUGAAGCUUUUGUCAAUAAGUUGUAUAGUGGUUGUUGGUGGCCUAUAAUACUGGUGCAUACAUAUAAUGAUACGAAACAGAUCAGUAUCCCGUAAAACUAUGACUAUAACAUACAUGUGUUGUGCUUUAUACAACUAACUGAUCCACUCUCCUUAGUGCCAUGGAUUUUUUGACAUAUGGAGCAACAAAUGACAAGUUCUGGCGUACAUGAAAAAAAUUGUUUAUAUUUUACUUUCCUAAUUAUAUAGGUUUUCGUACAUUUAUAAAUAUUAUUUAAAUUCUAAACUUAAGAUUUUUAUUUUAAAACCAUGUAAAACAUUUUCAGCUUUAACCCGGUGUACACAGUCUGUUUUUGACUGUUAAUAUAUAUGAAUUAAAAAUAAAAAUUUAAAAAGUGUUUAAAGUUUCAUAUCAUGACAAUUAAAGUUAAGGUGAAAUAUUUUUUUUAGAUAUAUAAGCCUUGUUAUUAAUUGUCAAUAUUAAAAACCAAUUUCACUUUAAUUGUUCAAAGAUUUAAAUAGACCCUUGUCUUGGCUUUUCAAAGCUUUAAGAUAAGUAUUUUAACAAAGGAAAAUUUCAAUCCAGUAAGGAUUACAAUAAUAUAUCGUUUAUGAAUUCUUGUUGUUUUAUUCAUAUUUUAUGAAAUUAUAAUAAUAUUUUUCAUUUUUUUUUUAAAUAAUCACAUGUAUAUGGGUGUUUUGGUUAAUAUUCGAGGUGGUUAUAAAAAUAUACGAUCAGCAAAGAGAUACAUCUUAACCCCGCCGCAAUUUUGCGCCUGUCCCAAGUCAGGAGCCUCUGGCCUUUGUUAGUCUUGUACGAUUUUUAAUUUUAGGUUCUUGUGUAAAAUUCGGAGUUUAGUAUAACGUCCAUUAUCUUUGUACUGUAUAUAUGUGUUUUAGGGGCCAGCUGAAGGACACCUACGGGUGCGGAAAUUCUUGCUUCAUUGAAGACCCAUUGGUGGCCUUCGACUGUUGUCUGCUCUAUGGUCGUGUUGUUGUCGCUUUGACAUAUUCAAUAUUCACCAUUUCCUUUCUCAAUUGUAUCUAUCACCUUUAUUCUUCUUUUGCUAUUUCAACAAUUUUAACCACUUUCUAUGUCUCUUAAUAUUCGUUACCCUGCUUCAACCCGUUUUACAGUUUUCCAAUUAUUUCCAUCUCCAACUUAUAGUUAAGUGUGACCGCCUCAUCACACUUUUAAUUUCUUUAACUUUUUGUGAAAGGUGUUUUACAUGUUUAUCUUUUGUUAUAUAAUAUUAUUCAAAAUUGUAUGGCAAAUAAAUAUUCUGUGCCGUUCUAUACAAUGGCUUGAAUAUUUAAUUACAUAUAAUUGUAUUUUGUUAUAAAAUUCAAUCUUAUCUUACGUUUAAUUAUAGUAUUUAUUAUGUAAGAUAUACUAUACCAUAGGGCACUGGAUACCAGAUAAUGCAUUUUGUUUCUUAUUUGUAAACAUUCAUUUAAAUGAAUACAAUAAAAACGUGUAUAUAACUUUGUUUCGAAGUUAUAUAACAACCUUA